AUGAUAGAUAAAAAUGCUUAUAUUGAAAAAGCUUUAAAUAGAAUAAAAGAAUCUAUUUAUUGCAUUGAUGAUAAAGAUGGUUUGAUUGAAGAAAAAGGUAAACCAUUAUUUAGAGAAGUUGAUGGAAAUCUUUUUUUUUCUUCUGGAACUACCAAGUCUAUUAGAUCAGCUAUGACAGCAAAACUUCGUGAUGAUGAUGUUAUAGUUGGAUCAUGGCCAAAAUCUGGCUCAACUUGGAUGAGGCAUAUUGUUCUUCAAUUAGUUAAUGACAAAUAUUUUAAUGGAAUAACAGAUCAAUACUUAGAAUCUCCAAUGAUUGAAUUUAUGGGAAGUGAUAUAAUUAGUUUAUUACCAUCUCAAAGAAUUUUAAAAACUCAUUUUGAUGUGAAAUGUUGUCCUAUGAGUAACAUUGCUAAGUAUAUAAUUAUUGUUAGAAAUCCAAAAGAUGUUUUAGUAAGCUUUUUUCAUCAUAUGAAAUUAAUACCAUCUUAUCAAUUUGAAGAUGGUGAUUUUAAUAUAUUUUUUGAAAUUUUUAUAACUGGAAAAAUUGAAUUUGGAAGUUAUUUUGACUAUUUAUUAGGAUGGCAUUCAAAAUUAAAUAAUCCUAAUGUUCUUGUAGUUAAAUAUGAAGAUUUAUAUAAUGAUAGAAAAGUUUAUAUCACUAAAGUAGCUAAUUUUAUUGGAGGAAAAGCCUUAGAUAGAAUAAAAGAUGAUGAUAGCAUUAAUAAAAUUAUUAAUGAAAGUACUGUUUCAAGUAUGAAAAAGGAUAUUGAAAGAUUUACUGGAAGAGGGUCAAAUAAUAAUUGGUUCAUUAGAAAAGGUGGAGUUGGUGGAUGGAAAGAUUAUUUAACAGACGAACAAUCUAAAAAAAUUGAUGUAUUAUUUUACGAGAAGUUAAAAGGAACUAUAUUUGAAAAUAUGUGGAUUGAAGAAAUGAAAAGGUAA